GUGGAUUACCGGAAGAAACUCUAAAGAAAGUGCAAUAUCGGGAAUAUUGGGAGGAACCACAUUCCAAGUGGGGAAAUACAGAUACGUGGGAUCACUAUUUCAUCGAAAAGAUACCAGAUGCAACGAAGCACAAGUCACAUAAUGCUCUAGCCGCUGAAUUAAAAGUUUUGAUUCAGAACUUAAGACCAGAAACAAGAGCAGGCAGAAAGGCAUUAGCGAUGCAACGUGAUUUGAGGCGUGCAUAUUUUGCUUUUUCAUGGGAGUCGUACCCUGCGACCGCUGGUCGAGUUGAGGUCAAUUUUGGGCCGAGAUGGGAAGCGAGUCACAAUCUAAAAAAUGGGAAACACCUUGAAGAUCCACCUGCUUACGAUACGAUACAAUCACACAACAUCGAAGACGAGGUGUCUAAUUCACAAACACAUCCAACCGUUGAGGAACUAAUAUUUGAUACACAUAUUGCCACAUUACUCCUACAAUAUAGAAGAGUUCUUGAAGAAAUGAGGAAUCAUUACGUAGAACAAGAAUCACAACGAGGCCGACACUUAUCUAAUAUGCUUAAGUGGUCUGUUGUGGACCAUUCUCUGUUUAAUGGAUUCAAGUUUGUUGUCAGCUUACUAAGACCAGCUAUUAACAUGUCAUUAUUGGAACCUAUCCUUAUGGAGAGCCGGAAUAAACCAAUUCAUCACGUAGUCACGAUUUUACGCAAUUUGAUUACUAAAGAAAUUGUAGAUGAUAUAAGCCCUGGCUUUAAAAGAUGGCUAGAAAGAUUAUGGAAAGUUCGUAUAAAGGAAUACUACAUAAUUGAUACAAUAACGGCAUUAACCGCUAUCACUUCAGUUAUUUUUUACUCACCUACACCCUGCCGAGGUCCAGGGAGUAAACCAUCAGAAAACCAUAUAAAAUCACAAAUGUGGGCCAAAAUCUUUUCGGAUACAUUUCUCAUUGAUUCAGACGAUAUUGAUGUGAAUUGGGAAUAUCAUCACCAAAUCCCGGGUAACGGUGGAAGCGGAUCUGCUAGAUCUGAUAUUGCUGCUGUUGUUUUCAAUGACACCGAUCAACAGUUUCCCUUUUUUAUAGCUGAAUUUGAGACUGACGGAUUUUCAGUACAUAAGGAUAAAAUGGUCGUGGCGGCAGAAGCUGCAUUCGAAUAUAAUCGUAUUCUUACAGCUGCCUACUAUUUAUCGGAAGAUGAACCGAUCUAUGACGAAGAAAAAAAAUCUUUGAUUUAUGCCUACGAAAUAAACAAUGUCACUUUCAAACUCUACACUGGUAAUCAAGAGGCCGAUAUUGCAAGUGCACUGAAGUUAGUGGCAUACUUGAGAACAAAUGUAUGUCAGGAUGGAAUAUCACUUAAAGCAUUACUUAACAGGAAAAAAAAUAUGCGCAAUGGAACUUUAUUAGCAGCUUUGCCCCGUCUUCCGAAGAGAGCCGUCAAGUCACGUCCAAAAAGUGAUACAGAAUUCACUCCUCAGGCGAGAAGAAUUAUAUAUAUCGAUGUUGGUUUGAAUAAUGAUAAUAAUAAUGUUCAUUAG